UUGACUCACGACUACGAACAUAUUUUCUCUACCAGGCACCAGCAGUUACAUGCCACAUGGCAAUGGCGUACGACGUGUCAUUAUCAACCGUGUUGUUGAACGUUCGUUCAUCGUUCUCCGAAAAAAAAAACUUCCACCGAUCCUCAUCAUCUUAUCCGUCAUCAAACACUGUCUGACUCACAGUCAAAACUUAAACUUUUGAAUUAUUCCCGCUCAAAAUCAUCCCUUCAAAUGUCACUACAGAUUUGAAUCGGUAUUUUUUUAAUUGAUAUUUUUUUUUAAGUCAAAAAAAAUCAUACUGCAAGAAUACGUAGACAAUAUAACCGGUUGUGAGAAUUUUUUAACUAUCUACAAUAUGGCGUCAACCGAUUUGUCGUCCGGCUCGAUUCCACCUUUCUACCGUGAAAUUUAUGACAAGAUAUGUUCACCUACUAGUGGAAAUGUCGAACGGGAGGUCUUCAAAUCAUUGCUUGUUAAAUCACAACUGAGCAGUACUAUUUUAAGCCAGAUAUGGGAUCUUGUGGACAGUAGAACGGGAUUUUUGAGCCGCAGCGGACUUUACAAAGGGCUUGCACUCGUUGCAUUCGCUCAACAGGGUAAACAACCAAGUGAUAAAUUAUUAGAAAAUGCUGAAUCUCAAGAGCUCCCAGUUCCUGUGCUCGGUGAUAUUUCUGAAGUAACGCUGUUAGCACAAAGAUUGUACAAAGGAAAUAAUCCUUCUAAAUUAAAUCUUACUUAUUCAGAUAUUUGUAAAUUAGAUACUAUCGAAGUUAAUUUAGUUCCAGAACGUAAAGGAAUUUUUUUAAAACACGUAGAGUAUCAAAUAAUUAGUAAGGCAUUUAAUUCAGUUGUUCAUAGAAGGUAUAAUGAUUUCGUUUCUUUACACGAUCUUCUUCUGGCACGAUUUCCGUAUCGAUUAAUACCAAAACUUCCACCUAAAAAAAUUGUUGGAGCGGAUUCACAAUUUUUAGAAGAACGUAGAAGAUCUCUUUUGCGUUUUCUUAUAUUAAUAGCACGUCAUCCAAUUGUAAGAGUCGACCCGAUAGUACAAUUUUUUUUUACAUACACCGGUGAAGAAACGCAAUAUAAAAUACGUGAUGUAUUUCGUCGUGUACCCGACGAAUUUGCGACCUCAGAGUUGUCAUCACGUGCGAAAGAGUUGGUACCGCCAGAAACAUUAACGGAAUUUGCAAAUAGUCGUGAUCAAAUACGUAUGAUCUUAUGUGGAAUAUCAAGAUUAAAAAAUAUCGCUGAUUGUUUGGCGAUAAGGUCGCAUUCGUACGCUGCGGAUAUGGCAGAGUUGGGAGCACAAUUAAGCAAUUUAGCUGCUGAGCCUCAUGGAAAUAGUGGAUGGGCCAGUGGUGGUUCAACCAUUUGGCAAAAUAUGAAAAAAGGAUUUCAUGUUAUCGCCAAAGAAUUUAAUUUGUUAUCAGCACGUGCGUUACAGCAAGCAGUGCGUGAAGAAACAAUGGUAUGUGAGAGAUUAAAUUUAUUAUUGGACGUAUUAGUUGCACAUCGAACACUUUGUGAAAGACAUGAAAGAGGUGUUAGUGCUGAUCAUCAACGUGCUUUGUCAACGAUGUUAGCAUUAAAAAAACGACAAAUGCAAGGUGUGAUACGUGGUACUGAUGCCGAUACUGUAGAAUAUUUAGAAAAUAAAAUGGUAGCACAGGAAUCAGUGAUAGCUAAUGUUGAAUUAAGAAAUUCAUUUUCAUUACACUGUCUUCAUAUGGAGACACAACUUGUUCAUGCGCAUCUUGAAAUUCUUGCUACUGUAUUACAAAGCCUGGUUAAAGUUCAAAUUCGUGGACAUUCAGAGUUAGCUGAAGUGUGGAAGUUAAUAGAGCCGACGAUAAUGAAAUGUCUGCCAGAAAAAACGGUUAUUGACGUUAACGGGACUACAGACAAUGAAGGACCUCUUAUAUGAUUUAUAUUUUUAAUAUAAAUAUAUUUACAAAUUAUUGUUAUUAUUUUUUAUAAUUAUAGAUAUAAAUUUUCUUUUUUAUUA